AAAAUACCAGAACACAGAUGCAAAUCUUCGUUAAAACAUUGACUGGUAAGACAAUUACCUUGGAAGUCGAAUCAAACGACACCAUUGAAAAUGUCAAGUCCAAGAUCCAAGACAAGGAAGGUAUCCCUCCAGAUCAACAAAGAUUGAUUUUCGCUGGUAAGCAAUUGGAAGAUGGCAGAACCCUUUCUGACUACAAUAUCCAAAAGGAAUCCACUCUCCACUUAGUCUUGAGACUUAGAGGUGGUAAGAAAAAGAAGAGAAAAAAGAAGAACUUCAAGUCACCAAAGAAGGCUGCCCACAAGCACAAGAACGUUCCACUUCUCCCAAUUGAAAAGAAGUACUACGAAGUCACCAAUGAUGGUAAGGUUGUCUGUAAUAGAAGAACCUGUCCAAAGUGUGGUCCUGGAGUUUUGAUGGCUGCUCACGAAGAUAGACAAUAUUGCGGUAAAUGCCACCUCGUCUUCUUGAUCCAAAAGAAGUAAACCCUCUAAAAUAAAUAUAUCGAAAAAACUUAAAAUUC